GAUGGCUUCUCUGGGAGUGAUUGAUAGCCACUUGAACUCUCGCGGAGACCGAGCGCUUGCCCAGCACGGCCACUCCGAAUCGAGCGGUAGAGUCGAGGAACAGAGGCGGCGAUAAAGACGCCACUUAGUCCAACCCAGAAGGCAGUAAAACGGCGGCCAUAUAAUGGAUCGAUGAGAUAGGAGCUAUGAUGCAAGACUCAGUAGCCCAUCAACAGCGCCAAACUGACACUCUCACUUAGCCAAGGGUCCAUUGCCAUUCGGUGAUCCUGGAUUGUCUAGGGACAUGGUUGCUGCAAGGACGAGGCGCAGUUCAUUGCGUCCUUUUCUACAUCAAUCGUGUCCUGAGAACAUCGCACUGAUGAAAAAACUUUUUUACUUCGCAUCUGAGUCAUUCUAUUUAAGGAUGGUACAUCGGCACACACACAAUCGCCAAUCCCUGCGGCGACGUUGACUCAGAUGAUAAGCAGAAUCCCAGCCUCUGUUCAAGUCCUUAGAACACUUAAUGCGGCGGGUGUACGUGCUUCUGCGAGUUCACUGAGGGUAUCACAACUUCAUAGCUCUCCUCCGUCUCGUUUUACGGUCGUAAGCUAUGCCGAGUUGAAGCCGUUAACACAACAGCCUACCUUGGAUCGAAUUCUUAUCGAUGUGCGUGAGGUUAACGAAGUCCAGCAGGGGUCUAUACCCUCAGCUGUGAAUCUUCCACUUUCUGUACUGCCUCAGGCCAUGGAGCAGCACCCAGACGCGUUCCGCAACCAGCAUGGUUUCCAGCGACCCGAAAAGGGACAAGAAGUGAUCUUGUACUGUCGGAGUGGAGCCCGUAGCACUACAGCAGCAGAGCACUUGGAGAAAAUUGGAUACAAAAACGUUAAAAACUAUACCGGCUCAUGGUUAGAUUGGACUGCAAAGGAACAAGGAACGAAGAACGCGACGUAAUACCAUUAAUCAAUGCGCGGAAAGGGGGCUCAAUAACGAUGUUGUCUUCUCUUCUACCUACCCAUCUUGGCAUGUUGGUGUGUAAUUAUAGUUUCGAAGUAAUGCUGGGCAGGAAUUCGACGUCGAGAUGCGAGCUUGCUUGACUUCUAGUGUUGUUUACAAUCUUUUUUCGGUUUCGUGAAAUGUUGGUCGGAUUACCCCGUUUCGUCCCACUAGCCUGCCACGAAUGCGAGUGAUAAUGUCGAAGCCGGACCGGAGUAUUGUCUGAAGAUGUACUUUCUCUCAAAUGUGUUGCUACCGGGUGCGUACCACUGCAGGGUAAGGUAGUCCAUUAGGUGCAGGCAGCCUCUCUUUAACGGGAAGUGGUGAUGGCGGAUUUGUUUGAUUACCCCACGGCCUCGGUGCUACGUGGCAGAGCGGCUAUCGGAUCGUCAAUCCAUGGUGGUGGUGUCGGGGUUGUGGUCGUCGGG